AUGACGGCGGCUGGGGAGGAGGCGGAGAGCUCCGCCGCCGCCGAAGAGCGGCCGCGCGAGCCCUUCGCCCGCGGCGGCCCGGUGUUCAUCCCCUACAUGGUGGGCCCUGUCUGCACCGUCCCCGAGUUCAUCUCCUCCACGCUCCGCGAGGUUCAGUCCCUGCGUGACGAAUUGGGCGACCCCGGGGACGAAUUCGAUGACGAGCUCUGCGUUGAUGACCUGCGGGUGCUCUCUGAGGAGGAGCUUGUGGAGCGCGCUCUCCGGGAGGCCAUGGAGGAGGGCUGGGACUGUGGCGCUCCAUCACAAUCAGCAGAUCAAAGUUCUGGCGCUCCAUCACAACCAUUGGAUCAAAGGUUAGAUGGGGGAAUGUCAGCGAGUUCCACCCCUGGAAAUGAGACUGUCACCUCAAGUGCAUCAGCUGAAACACAAAGUUCAGUAUCAGCUCCCGGUGAUAUGGCAAUUGGACUGUAUGAACCACAAGGCAGCAAUGGGAAAACAAGAGGUGGAAAGAGGAAAACCAGAGAGAGGAAUGGAAACAAUGGUGCCCUCACCUCAGAUUCAACAGCUGAAAGAGAGACAUCUGGAUCUGGAUCACCUGUUGAGUUGGCGAUUGUACCACAUGAACCAGAAGGAAGCAAGGGGAAACCCAGAGGCAGAAAGGGUAAAAAUGGAACCUCUUCAACUCCAUCAAUUGAAAGUGAAACACCUGUAUUGCCUAGUGAGGAUAUGUCAGUUGUUCCUCAUGAUCCAGAAGGCACAGAUGGUCAAACAGAACGUAAAAAGGGCAAAAAGAGAGGCAGGCAUUUUGAUCGGGAAGUUCGAGCGCAUAUUUUACAGGGGAGUUAUCUUACUAAAGCAGAGAAGAUGUCAGAGAUCAUGGUAAAGCAAGAAGAUGACAAACAUGCAGCAAGGCUGCACUCAUUCAGUGGUGAUUCUGCGAUGUCCAAAGGCUCUAAGGCAUCAGCGGAGAAAAUUGACUUGGCAAAAUCUCUUAAAUACAACAGUGCCCACAGUGCCCCUUGGAAGAACAAAGCUUCGAAAUCUGACGAACACAUACCUAUAGUUUAUCCAGAAGCAAUUCUUUGUGUCGAAAUUUAUGAGCGCAGGCAUGGCUCAGUGAAAAAUCAGGAAUUUCUUGUGUUGGGGAGCCAGCUCCUCACAGAUCUGAAGGACAAUAUUUACUGUUCGACUAAUAAGUUGAUGGAGUUGAACAAGCUACAAAAUCAUUCUGGCUAUUUUCUUAUUGAGGACACGUUCUACAAUGACACGAGACAUUAUUCUGCGGUUGAUUACAGUAAGCCUAUACUUGACUGGCUUGACAAUUCCAGUGAUGAGGUGGCAGAGAAGUGGGACGCCAUUAGUUCUGGCGUGUUAAAGAAACGACAAAAGGACUUAUUGAAGGGCUUGAAUAUUUCGAAUGUGCCCGAGUUUAAAUCUGCGAACAUGCAGAGUACCUACUUUUCAGACCUGCACUUCCGGCUUGGUGCUGGGUACCUCUACUGCCACCAGGGGAACUGCAAGCACACGUUCGUGAUUAGAGACAUGAGGCUGAUCCACCCGGAGGACACGCAGAACCAAGCGGAGUACCCUCUCAUGACGUUCCACAUGCAGAGGCGUUUCCAGAAGUGUUCAGUGUGCCAGAUCUACCUCGCGACAAAGAUGACGGUGGACGAUAAAUGGGCUCCCAAUAAUCCCUGCUAUUUCUGCAAGCAGUGCUACUACCUCCUCCACUACAAGGAGGACGACUCGCUGUUAUACCAUCAUACCGUGUAUGAUUACUUCCAAGAGUAG